AUGGCUCAACUUGUCUGCGCGUCGUUUAUUCUCUUUGCUUCAUUGCAUUUCCACCCGCUCGUCGCCUCAGCUCAAGCUUACGCGGGCGGGGACCUCGACGGCCAAGUAGUGUUUGGUCUCCCGGCCCAGGAGAUCAUCGCCGUCACAUUCGAUGCCGUGUCAAAUGCGACAUUUCCAAUCAAGGGGUACAACACGUCGAUCCCGGGAGGCCCCACUGACGGCACCGGAAGCCAGCUUCCAGGUUGGAGCAUAUUCAUCGGCGUGGCAGCCAACGUGGCACUUGCUGGCUCAGACGACGCCUCUGUUGACAAGGGCCAGUUUAUUGAGACAACCGGUCUAUUCAUUGAGCCGCCUGCUGCGAUACCAGUCAACUAUGACACCAACAGCUGGAGGAUAUGCGCCGUCAUCUUUGCACACGGACUGGGCAGUGCCGAGACAAACACGGCCCAGACGGCGCAGUUGGAUGGUAGCUGCACGCCUCUCCUGCCUAGCGAGUGUAUCGAGCAGUUGCAAGUCAACAGUGUUGCCUCCAACUCCAGCACAGAUGACGGGUGUCCCGACUUGGACAUGCCCGACGUGUGUGCCAAGCACUUUAGCGGCGAAAGCGGUACCGCGUAUGAGAUCACGCCGUCAAAUGACACCACGGCACCAGCGGAUGACCAUCGACUUGCAUUUUUUGCCGCGGCAUCUGUGCCGACGGAGAGGGACAAUGACUCGGCGUUUGCGAGCGCUGAAAGGGCUGUAUGGCCUGUCCUACUGACAUGGACUCAUCGUGGUGCGGGCGGGCAGGCGCACGACAGUGCGGGGUGGCUGUCGUGCAUUAAAGCUCCGAACCGAAUAGAGACGGAAAGAGUAGGGUCUUCGGGAGGCGCCGAGGCUGUAAAACGAGUGUCGAAAUGGGCAUUGCUAUUUGGGAUGGGCGCCGCGGUUCUGGCAUUCGUUGCAUAG